CUCGGUCCUGCCCCUCAGACCCCGCCCCCAACCUCGGGCCCCGCCCUCGUCACCCAGGGGGCUGGAGACGCGUCCGGGCUUGCGCAGCGGCCCUGGCGAGGGGCGCAGGCUUGAGGCACCAACCCUCCUACCUCACAUCCUGGCUUACCCUGCUGGGGCAAGGUGGGAUCCACUGACCAGACCCCGACAGCCUUUCUGAACUCCGGAGGCUUCAGCCCCCACCACGACUCGACUUUCCCACCUCAGGCCUGCAGCAUGCAGUCCCAGGAGAGUGGCGUCCACUACAGCAGGUGGGACAGCAGCAGCCGGGAUGAGGUCAGCAUGACUGCCGGGUCCAGCACUGAGGAGGUCUCAUGCUAUAGGAGGAUCUCCCAGAAGCUGUGCUCGGGCAAGCUGGGGAUCGCCAUGAAGGUGCUGGGUGGAGUGGCCCUCUUCUGGAUCAUCUUCAUCUUGGGCUACAUCACUGGCUACUACGUGCACAAGUGCAAAUAAAUGCUGCCACACUCCCA